CUGCAAUUUGUCAUUUAGCCGGUAGAUGACCACAGAUCCCAAGCUCAGUUGACGUUGCUUCUAAAUUCCACUCCCAACAUUUGGGAUUGAGAAUUGCCCCAGCUAUUUUAGGCUGGCUUCCUGUACAAACCAUGCAGAAGUAUGAGAAGCUUGAGAAAAUCGGAGAGGGCACAUAUGGAACGGUCUUUAAGGCAAAGAACCGUGAGACUCAUGAGAUCGUGGCCCUUAAAAGAGUCAGGCUGGAUGAUGAUGAUGAGGGUGUCCCGAGCUCUGCGUUGCGAGAAAUAUGUCUGCUGAAAGAACUGAAGCAUAAAAACAUAGUCAGGUUGCAUGACGUCCUUCACAGUGAUAAGAAGUUAACUUUAGUCUUUGAGUACUGCGAUCAGGACUUAAAGAAGUAUUUUGAUAGCUGCAAUGGUGACUUGGAUCCAGAGAUUGUAAAGUCAUUCAUGUACCAGUUACUAAAGGGGCUAGCCUUCUGCCACAGUCGGAAUGUGCUCCACAGAGACCUCAAGCCACAGAAUUUGCUCAUUAACAGGAAUGGAGAGCUGAAGUUAGCAGACUUUGGCUUGGCCCGAGCCUUUGGGAUUCCAGUACGUUGUUAUUCUGCAGAAGUGGUGACGUUAUGGUACAGACCCCCAGAUGUGCUGUUCGGUGCUAAGCUUUACUCUACCUCUAUUGACAUGUGGUCAGCCGGAUGCAUAUUUGCAGAGUUGGCUAAUGCUGGAAGGCCCCUAUUUCCUGGUAAUGACGUUGAUGACCAGUUGAAGAGGAUCUUCAGGUUGCUAGGGACACCAACAGAGGAACAGUGGCAGACAAUGACCAAACUACCAGACUAUAAGCCGUAUCCCAUGUACCCUGCUACUACAUCCUUGGUGAAUGUUGUCCCUAAACUAAGUAGCACUGGACGAGACCUACUUCAGAAUCUGUUAAAGUGCAACCCAGUUCAGCGAAUUUCAGCCGAAGAGGCCUUGCAGCACCCGUACUUCGCUGACUUCUGCCCACCGUAGAUGCUAAACCCACUGAGCCACAGUCAACAAUCUGGAUCACCACUGUCACUCCCCUGGGGAGGAUUUCACAAAACAGAUUCAGCAUGUCUAUCGGCUGCUUCCCAAAAGACAUUUCUCUCACCAUACUUUCCUGUUGGGAAAACCAAAUGCAUAGCCUAACAAAUGCAUGCAUUGUGAAACAAACAAAAAAAAAAAUAGCCUUUUUGACAACAGCAGGUCACUUGCAUUUCCCUACAACAGUGCCUGUUGACAACUGAGUAGAUGAAGUGGGGUUGACCUGCACAUUGCACAAGCUGGUCUGUUUUGUGAAAUUCUCCUCUGCUCUGCUGUUGGACCCCAGCCCCUGUAGGACCUCUAGCUGAUGUAGCUCUUUUUUUCUCUUUAGACUUUGCCUGUGAACUCAACUUUUCUUUCCUCUUCUUUCCUUUGGCAAAAUAGGACUGAAGUCAGUCCUUGUGUGAGUAUGUGCGCUGUCAAUUCAGCUGUUUGACGCACUACUACAUUUUCAUAAGAACCACCCUGGUAUUUUAGUUUGUAGACCGUUCUACAAAUCGAGAUCAGUCUGAGCCACUUGCCAAAUUCAUUUAGCACCGUCGGACCUCUAUGUAAGGAUUUGGAGCGUUUCAUAGCAUCUGUCCUUAACUGCAUGGUUGAGGCACAUGCACAUUUCUAGUACAAGUCUAUUGCAUUGUGCAUUCAUCAUCUAUGCCACAGUAUUUAACCAGUGGAUUAAUGGAUAACUGACAGUUUGAACUUCUAUUGUUCUGCUGUAAGAAUGUGAGUUUGAUCAAAUGGCUGGGAACUACAUAUUAUUUGUACAGCUUUGUUUUACACUUGAAGAAAAGUCAAAACAAUCAAGUGUCGGCCAGACAGACUUGCAUAUUCUUUCGUUCUUUUAAUGAUUAGUGAUGAUAGCUAUGCCACCAGCUAACUUUCGUAGGAGAUUUAAGAUGAAGUGGUCAUAUUUAUACGUCUAACUGCUGGUCUUUUCUGUUACUGUUUUUAAACAUCUUUCUCAUUUCAGUGCACUUUGUAGUUAAAUAAUGAAUGAUGGGUGAUGAGGUUUUCUUUCAAUGUUCAUGUCGAGUUGCACCUCUUGAGCAACCAUUUCCUACAUACUACAGCAAAUGGCAUUGUUUAUCAAAAGUGGACCAGACCUAUGAGUCAGUUCUUAAUGUUUUAUUUGUAGCUUAGUUUUUUUUUUUUUUUAUUAAAAUGAAGUUUUGAUGUUUUUGAUGUAAUGUUGGCUUUGCCUAAUUUUGCAGUUAUUAUUCCUCUCUAACACCGGUUCAUUGGCUUUUUUGUAAUUGCAAAUGAAGCUAGAAGGUGUGACAUUCACCUGCAAUUAUUUUCUUUGUCAUCCCAAAAUCAUUAUUAUUAUUAUUAUUAUUAUUAUUAUUUUAUAAAGACCACAUACUUUUACAUUUUUAUGUCAACACAAAAUUUUAGAAUGCAUGUAUUUAUUUAUAAUUGAAUGUUCAUGUGUUGGGAUUAAACAUUUUGUUUCCAAUACAACAGAAUGUUACUUUUUUGACUUGGUAGCAUUUCUCAGCUUUGAGUGAUGGGAUGCAACAUAUUUUGCUCCACCAUAUAUUUUGUCACUGUAUGAUAUAUUUUCCAACUGAAAAUAAACUGGUGGAGCACAA